AUGGUGGCGUGGGGUAAGUCCUCCAUCCCGCUAUAUUUGGUAAAGUUGAUAAUGUUGACCUUUUCAGGAUGUGUGACUGUUGGCCAAGGAUUCGUGAAUAGUUGGUCUGCCCUAAUGGCCUGCCGAUUCUUGAUUGGAAUAUUUGAAGCUGGAUUCCUGCCCGGCAGCGUCUACUUGAUUUCACUGUACUAUAAGCGGUUUGAACUUCAGUGGCGAUUGACACUUUUCUUCAGUGCCAGCAUUCUAGCAGGGGCCAUAAGUGGGCUAUUGGCCUACGGAUUAUCCUUUAUGGAGGGGGUCUGUGGCUACUCCUCCUGGAGAUGGAUAUUCAUUCUCGAAGGAAUCGUGACUGCAGUUGUUGCUGCAAUAGCAAAGUUUCUGAUUGCUGAUUGGCCUGAGACGGCUCGCUUUCUGAAUGAAAGAGAGCGCAGCAUUCUUCUUGCGCGACUACAGUCCGAUGUGCAAGUCUAUCGCAUGGACCGACUCGAUCGGACCGCAAUGCGCAGAAUAUUGAGUGAUAAAAAAAUAUAUCUUGGCAUAAUUAUGUACUUGGGUGCAUUAAACACGGGGUAUGCAGCUUCAUUUUUCAUGCCAACUAUUAUUCGCGACAUGGGUUGGACAUCCUUAAUGGCACAAGUGAUGAGUAUACCAAUCUAUAUCGUGGCGGCAAUAAUGACGCUCUGUAUUGCCCUAAUCAGUGACAAGACGAGACAUCGAUUUGGCUUUGUCCUAGGGGGUUGCAGUAUAGCGACGUUGGGCUAUGCUAUUUUACUUGCACAGCGAUCAGUUCCUGUUGGUGUGAGAUAUUUUGCUCUCUUCGCUAUAACAAGUGGUGGCUAUAUUGCUCAGCCUCUUCUCAUCGGAUGGUUGAGUAACAAUAUGAGCGGACAUUACAAGCAAGCCGUUGCAUCAGCUAUGCAAAUUGGAUUCGGAAACUGCGGUGGCUUGGUUGCUAGCAAUGUUUUCUUGUCUUCCGAGGCACCAUUUUAUGCUGCGGGUUACGGUACAAGUUUGAGUUUGAUUUGGCUAUGCGUCAUCGCGUCUGCCGUACUAUUUUUGAUUUUAUUCAGAGAGAAUAAAGUUAGAGACCAGGGAGGCCGUGAUGAGAGAUUUACAUUAGGCUCUGAUGAGGUUCAAAACCUAGGGGACGACCAUCCCGACUUUCGCUUCGCAUACUAG